AUACGAUAAAAUCUUAAUCUUAGUAGUUACUGUUGACAUUAUUUUGGUAACAAUGUAUACUUUUGAUGUACACUUCUAAUUGAACAUUUUUAUGCAAUGUCUUUUGUGAAUAGAUUUGCCAGCUACAACCAUCUGAUAGCUUUUUGGUCUUUGAUUGAGCCUUGUCUCUACAAGAUGGUCCGUGUUUCCAGAGCCAAAUCAGCUGCCCAGAAAAAAGAAGUGGUCGCACCUGCACGUGCAUCAACAGUACUUUAUAAGUAGUUACAGAUGUAAUUAUACGUGAUGCCAUUGCAUUUGUAUUUGUUGUUUUUGAGCUAUACUUUUUUUCUUUUCCUCUCAGAGACAGCUGCUCCAGCCCAUAGAUUAACUCUUCCUUUUUUCAUCCCUUGGCUGAUGAAUCACAAAGCUUGAUCUAAGAGAAAAAGCUGAUAUAUACUAGAGCUGACUCCUGAGAACAGACGCAUUUGAAGCUGUCAGGGAGGAACCACGGUUACCAUCUCUGAAUCGGACCCUGGAUUCUGAGGAACCUGAGGACACGUCUUUGGACCGGAGGGAGCGCAGGAAGAGAAGAUUUGGUAGGUCCCCUUUUUAGAGUAUAUUUAAAAUAAAUAAUCCACAAAACAAAAAGUUUUUUCAUCUGCAUACGUUUUUAGCCAAUUGGGCCGACCUGAUGAACCAGCGACCGUACAGACAGAUUUAUUCUCCUAAACAACGACAUGUGUGUGUUCGAGACAAAAGCUCACAUUAACCUUACUUGACGUGUGAUUACGCCCAUGAGUUAUGGACUAUUGAUAGGCAUGUAGUUGUUUGUUUCAUGAUAUAUGUUCGCUAUAAACGUGGAACAGAGUGCAGAGUAACUUCAGGGAGCAGAACACAAGUUCAGUUUUUUCAUGACUUAUUAUUAAUGGUAGUGCAACAUUACAUUAGAGUGGCAAUUGUUUAUUUAUUCAAGGAUUUUGUGUUUUAAUAACGACUGCUUAUUUAACUGAACUGAUAUCAGGUGUACUUAUUUUUUUUCAGAAAUAUGAACAUAUCUCAGAUUAUCCCACAAUACAUGUCCUCAUAUUUUCUGCGUGGGCCGAUGUGAAAGACCCUGGUGACACGCAGGCCACAUGUUGUCCCCCCUCCAUUACUGUGUGUAUAUCUGAUAGAGCAAAGAAAAAGUUAGACGCCGUGGAGCUGUCAGAAAGUAACAAUGGUCACCAUCUCUGAACCGGACCCAGGACUCUCUGAGGAACCUGAGGACACGUCUUUGGACCGGGAGGAGACCAGGAAGAGAAGAUUUGAUCGAUGGUUGCCCAUCACUCUCAUUGUGAGCCUCGGACUGCUGAUUAUUCUCACCAUCUCCCUGCGCCUCAGUUCAGUGAUGCUCACGGAGGAGGAGGCCCCCAGCAUCACAGAGUUCAACUCCUCUACCCACGUGUUGCCCGUGGGCCAAACGGCCCGCUAUACCUGCCACGCCGGCGGCACGCCGGAGCCCACAGUAGAGUGGCUCCACAACGGCAGGCCCCUGGUGAGGGACGGCACAGACGACCAAUCAGAGGCCUGGGUGGAGAGGGGCUUCCUCUUCGUCAGAGGUGGGAGGUACGGCGUGAACACGGUCUGCUGCAUGGCGAGCAACAGCGCUGGCACGGCCAAUCACAGCGCUGAGCUGCUUGUCUUUGAUGCCUGUGACCUCACACUGGACCCCAACACGGCCGGCAGAUACCUCUCUCUGUCUGAGGACAACAGGAAGGUGACGGCGGUUAGAGAGUUCCAGUCGUAUCCGGAUCACCCAGACAGAUUUGACUCCCAGCCCCAGGUGUUGGGUAGAGAGGCUCUGACUGGCCGCUGUUACUGGGAGGUAGAGUGGGGAGGAGUGGUUGAUAUAGGAGUGACAUACAGAGGAAUCACAAGGAGAGGAGGGGGUGAUGACAGCGAGCUUGGACUGAACAACAAGUCCUGGGUUCUUCAUUGUUCUGAUGGUGGUUACUCUGCCUGGUACAACGGUAUAAAGACAGUCCUCCCUCUCCCCCCCGCUGGCUCCACCAGAGUAGGAGUGUAUCUGGACCGGCCUGCUGGCUCUCUGUCCUUCUACAGAGUGUCCCCAGGUGGAGGAGGGUCCUCAGACACACUGACACACCUCCACACCUUCUGGUCCUCCUUCACCCAGGAGGACCUCCUCCCGGGGGUGGGGGUAGGGUGGGGGUCAGCCUCUCUGUGUCGGUUGUAGAA